UUUAUCCAAACAUGGGCUUAAGUUAAGCCAUUCGGGAUAUCUGAUUCUCCAUCUCAUCUUCCCGGUGACUCGAAGAUUUCCAAAAACCCUAACUCCACAUGGAACGAUCGAGCCGAAAACACAGGGAUUCCGUCCACACCGAAUCAACCAGAGACCACAAGCAUCGAACCACCAAACACACCGACGAUCACCGUCGCCGAUCCGAACGCGAGAAAUCCGAAGACGUUGUGAAGCGCGAGAGGUCGUACGACAGAGAUGACGUAAACGAUACGGAAUCGAGAGAGAAAUCGGUUGAUAACAGACGGAAUCACAAGAGAAAAGACAGAGGUUACAGUGAUGAUGAAGAUCGGUAUAAUGAUGCACGAGAUAAACGGAAGGAUAGGCGGAGGUUUGAGGACGAGAGAGAGAGGAGGAAGUUUGAGGAUAGGGUGAAGAAGGAAGAGGUGGACUUUGUUGAUGACGUGGAUAAGAGGAGUUUGAAUGGGGAAAGGGUGGUGAAGAGAGAGCCUAAAGAUGAAGUGUUUGGUGGUUCUUCUAAUGCCAAUGGUGAUGCACCGGGAUCACACAGUAAGGCAUCUGGAAUCUCGCGUGAGACCCCUUUGGCACUAAGCCACCCUCCUUCUAAGGUAUCGUCACUUUCUACCAAACAUGAAAAUGAAGGAGUUAAUAGUAACAGAUCUCAUGAGGUUCCUGGGAAAUCCAGUACAGAUGGAAAUUCUUCAGCAGGCAAGAGUCGGGGCAUCUCGCUCGAUGCCUUAUCCAAGGCUAAAGCAACUUUACUGAAACGAAAGGAGCUUGCAGAGAAGAUGAAGAAAAUACCCCUUCUAAAUAAAGGCGUUGACUCAAGCACAGAAAGAAGUACCCCUCCCCAACCUGUAAGCGCUAGUGCACAGGCUUCACUUGUUGGUGGCGUGCCCCAUAUUGCAGGACUUACCGCACCCAAGUUUGAAGCUGUAAAACGGGCACAAGAGCUUGCUGCCAAGAUGGGAUUUAGACAGGAUCCAGAGUUUGCCCCACUUAUAAACAUGUUCCCUGGACAGUUGCCACCAGAUGUCAUUGUUCAACCCAAGCCUGCUAAAGCUCCUGUUCUUCGUUUGGAUGCGUUGGGUAGGGAAGUAGAUGAACAUGGGAAUGUGGUCAAUAUACCAAAAUUAAACAACCUCAGCACCCUUAAGGUUAACAUUAACAAGCAGAAAAAAGAUGCAUUCCAGAUUCUGAAACCUGAAUUAGAAGUGGAUCCAGAUAAAAAUCCUCACUUUGAUCCUCGAAUGGGAAUAGAUAAAACAAAGCUUUUGAGGCCUAAAAAGAUGACAUUUCAGUUUGUAGAGGAAGGCAAAUGGUCUAAGGAGGCAGAGAUUGUUAAGUUAAAGAGUCAAUUUGGAGAAGCGCAAGCGAGAGAGUUCAAAGCGAAACAAGCACAGCUUGCUAAGGCCAAGGCUGAACCUGAUAUUAAUCCGAAUCUCAUAGAGGUGUCUGAGAGAAUCAUCACUAAAGAAAAGCCCAAGGACCCUAUUCCUGAUGUUGAAUGGUGGGACGUGCCACUUCUGGAAUCUGGUACUUAUGGAAACAUCACAGAAGGCGGGUUUGCAGAAGAUAUACUAAAGAAAGAAAAGAUUACCUUAUACGUGGAACACCCUCGUCCUAUCGAACCGCCAGCUGAACCCGCUCCACCGCCACCUCAACCAUUAAAACUCACCCAAAAAGAACGCAAAAAGCUUCGCACUCAGAGACGUCUAGCCACCGAGAAAAACCGUCAAGAAAUGAUCAGACAAGGCCUUUUAGAACCCCCUAAACCAAAAGUCAAAAUGAGCAACCUAAUGAGAGUUCUUGGCUCGGAAGCAGUCCAAGACCCGACCCGGCUCGAAAUAGAGAUAAGAAGUGCUGCAGCGGAACGUGAGCAAGCCCAUGUUGAUAGAAACAUUGCACGGAAACUAACGCCAGCCGAAAGACGUGAAAAGAAAGAGAGGAAACUUUUCGAUGACAAUAAUACCCUUGAGACAAUAGUGUCUGUUUACAAAAUUAACGAACUUUCUCACCUUCAAACACGGUUCAAGGUGGAUGUUAAUGCCCAAGAGAACCGUUUGUCAGGCUGUGCAGUUAUUUCCGAGGGUAUAUGUGUUGUGGUGGUGGAAGGUGGUGGUAAAUCUAUAAAACGUUAUCAGAAACUGAUGCUGAAACGUAUAAACUGGGCUGCUGCUCUGGAAGAAGAGGAUCAAGAUGAUGAUAAACCGAAGAACAAGUGUGUGUUGGUGUGGCAAGGGAGUGUUGCUAAACAUAGUUUUCAUAGGUUUUUGGUGCACGAAUGCAGGACCGAAAAUGCUGCCCGUAAGGUGUUCUCUGAUGCUGGAGUUGGCCAUUACUGGGAUUUAGCGGUCAACUUCUCAGAUGAGGUGUGAUUUGUAGAAGCUAGUCGGGCUUAUCCACCGCCGAUCUGUUUUCUAUGCGCAUGUUGAGGUGUGGAGCCUUUUACUUUACUAGCUGAGUAUGUAUAUGAUUAGUAAAGCUGGUGUUUUUUUGGAGGUCCAAAACAUGAGCAGCUUCUAAUGUUUUGUGGAAUAACAGACUUGAAAUUUUCUAUGGCGAUUGCAACUACAUAUUUGUUUUUCUGUUUAUUUCAUGAGCUGGGAUGAGCUGAGUUCGCAUUGUUAGUUAUUUUUCAA